AUUUAUUUGUUUUCCCUUGUCAAAGUCGUCGCAUUUUUUUUUUUUUGUUUUUUUUUUUUGUAAACCAAUUGAUUCCCAUUUCAUGCCAAUAGAAUGUCAGAGGAUAUUAAAACAGGCGAACUUAUUGAACAGGUCAAACAGAAAAUCGCAGUGGCCAAUGCACAAGAAUUGCUAACCAAAGUGACGGAGAAGUGUUUCAAGAAGUGUAUUGUCAAGCCGGGUACAAAACUAGAUACCGCGGAACAGAAAUGCAUUUCGAUGUGCAUGGAUAGAUAUAUGGACUCAUGGAAUUUGGUUUCACGCACGUACGGCAAACGAUUGCAGCGCGAGCAAAGCAAGAUGUAGAAAAACUCAACUUGUUAUGUGCAUGGAGAUAGUGUAGACUCGUAUGUAGAACCUCAUAUUUUCAUAUAUGUACAUAUGUACACAAGUGUGCUGCAUGCACUAAAUGUAAUAAAUAUAAUAAUUGAAGACGCUAAAAGCUA